ACCCUAAGUCAAACCCAAUAGAGAAGCGUCGGCGAACCACUAUUGACGAGGAUCAUCACGUACGCCGACCAGCGACCAAGGCCGAGAGAGAAGGAGCACCGUCGCGAUGGGCCGCGUCCGGACGAAGACCGUGAAGAAGUCCUCCCGGCAGGUGAUCGAGCGGUACUACUCGCAGAUGACGCUCGACUUCCACACCAACAAGAAGAUGCUGCAGGAGGUGGCGAUCAUCCCCACGAAGCGCCUCCGCAACAAGAUCGCCGGGUUUUCCACCCACCUUAUGCGCCGGAUCCAGCGGGGCCCCGUCCGAGGCAUCUCUCUCAAGCUUCAGGAGGAGGAGCGCGAGCGCCGCAUGGACUUCGUCCCCGACGAGUCUGCCAUCAAGGUUGAUCAGAUCGUGGUCGACAAGGAGACGAUUGACAUGCUUGCCACCCUCGGCAUGGCUGACCUCCCGGGCGUCGAGAAGCAGCCCGAUGCGCCUGCGGGUAACGUCACUUACCCGUCCCGCCCUGGUGGGUACGGCGGCCGCAGGAUCUGAGAUGGUAGCACUUUUUAGCUAGUCUGGUUUAAUGGUACCUUUAGGUGUUCGUUCUUAUCAACGUUUGGGAUUUGAAAAGGUGUUACUGGCAUCAACAUUUUUGUUAUAUUGGAUGUUUUAUACUGUAGUCAUCUUCAAUAUCAUCGAUUACUUGAUGCCCUUUCAA